AUGAACGAAAUUUUCAACUUGAUAAAGGUCUGGUUCUUAGUCUUUGCCUCUGUAUGUUAUUGCUAUGCUAUUGGUAAGGUAGUUCCGAAAGGAACUAGAAGACUUCUCUUUUUGCUCCCAAUCGUUUGCCUCUUUCUUUACCUUCCUCUUCAUCUAUUCGUCAUUCAUUUCAGAGGUCCUACAGCUUUUUUCAUUGCCUGGCUUGCAAAUUUCAAGCUUGUACUAUUUGCUUUCGGUAAAGGCCCUUUGUCUUCAGAUAAUCCAUCGAUCUCCCUCGCUCGUUUUGUGGCUGUAGCUUGUCUACCCAUCAAGAUACAACACCAAGUUAACCCAUCUCCAAAAUCACAUAUACAUGGCCAAAAGCUUGAAUAUAGAAAAAAUUCAUCGCUAAAUUAUGGGGUAAAGGCUUUGGUUUUGGCUAUAUUGGUGAAUGUUCAUGAUUAUAGUGACUAUAUCCAUCCAAAGGUCGUUUCCUUGCUUUAUGUCAUCUGCCUAUAUAUCCAACUUGAAAUAUUACUAGCCAUAGCAGCAGCCACGGCUAAAGUGUUGCUAGGAUCAGAGCUAGAGCCACAGUUCAAUGAGCCCUACCUAUCCACAUCAUUACAAGACUUUUGGGGUAGAAGAUGGAACAUCAUGGUUUCAAGUAUCCUAAGGCCUGCCGUUUAUGAGCCUACCCGCAACAUAGCCUCAGGUCUUGUGGGCAGAAAAUGGGCUCAAAUUCUAGCGGUCGUGGGAACAUUUUUUGUCUCAGGUAUCAUGCAUGAGCUCAUGUUCUUUUACCUAGGGCGUGACAAGCCCACAAUGGAAUUGACUUGCUUCUUUCUCCUCCAUGGACUGUGUCUGACAGUUGAGAAUGUUUUGAAGAAGCAUUUUAGUGGCAGGUGGAAGUUGCCGACGCCGAUUUCUGGGCUACUCACUAUUGGGUUCGUGAUGCUGACGGGGUAUUGGCUGUUUUUACCGUCUUUGUACAGUAGCAAGGUUUUUGAAAGGGCAUCUGCAGAGUAUGCUCAAUUAGUCACAUUCAUAGAGAAUAGCGUCCAUCGCUAUUAG